AUGCCUGCCCUCCCCGAUCUCUCUGCCGAGUCUCCUCAUAACAGCUCCGGCAACUAUGGCGUUCUGGACAUGAUAUCGGUACCGGCCCUGACCUGGGUGCACGAGGACAUCCGCAACUUUGGUGGCAACCCCUACCACAUCACUAAAGAUAACACAGAGAAUUUCGGCAAAAUCUUCCUCGAAGAACUUAAUAUGACCAUGCUGAACGAGUACUAUCGCGAUCUCAGCCGCACAGGUACCUGGGACUGGGCCAAGGAUUGGACAGCUGGAGGAGCAAAGAGUGACGUCUAUACCUACUUCUUGACCCAUGCGCCUCCUAACGGAAACGGUGGUGCCUACCAUGGCUCAGAGCUGUAA